GGCCGGCGGGACAGGAACUACUCGAGCGUCACGCGAAGAUCCCCUCCGUGUCCGAGCGACAUGAGGGGGGUUGACGAUGUGUGUGCGGUGCUCCCCACACAGAAGAGAUGAAACUGAAUGACUGGAACCGAUUACCAAGACAGUGCAGUAGCACGGAGGACCUGGGCUAGUAGUAGUAGUAGCAUAAAUGAAACAUCUACGACCAUGUAGAUAUCCGAUCCCGUCCCGACCGCCAUCUGUUUUUAUUUGCCUUACAUGUGUUAGAUAAUGUAUGUAUAAUAAUUUUCUGCUGAUCCCGAGUGAGUGUGUGUAACGCUGCACUGUGGACGCUCAGCACGACUGUGCCGCGAUCUUUUGUGUUGGACAGUUUGAUCUUUAUGAUGGGGACACACACUGCCGUCCUGCUGGUCACCGCCAACGUCGGCUCGCUCUUUGACCAUGUGGGUGAAAUUGAGAACCAGUGGCUGCGUGAGCUUCUCACGACGGUACAAGCCCACAAGCCACGCUUUGUGGCCCUGCACUUCCAGGAGGUGGGAGGGAAGGAUUACAUGAUCAACAUGAGCCAUGCUGAGAACUUUCUUUGGAAAAUCGAGUCAAGUGAGGAGAUGAGAGACUUUGAUAGAGCCUGUAUCUACAUGGACAACAACUUUAAAGCUGCAGACAGCUUCACUGCCCUGGGAAGCAUGUACUUUAUCCACAAGUCCCUGAAGAACAUCCACCAGUAUGAUUUUAGCGUGAAGGAUUUCAAAGCUGUCUCGGGACAUAACAAAUAUGUUGGCACGCUGGACGGGGUGACCACAGUGGAGAAAGAAAAAUUCCCAAAGAAUUUCUGGCCUGAUUUCAAGUGGUCCAGGAAAGGGUACAUGAGGACUCGCUGGAUCAUUCAUAAUCAGGGGUUCGACCUGGUCAAUGUCCAUCUCUUUCACGAUGCCUCCAACCUCAUCGCCUGCAAUGAAAGCCCUUCCAUCUACUCCGGCAACCGCAAAAAGGCCUUGCGAUACGUCAUCAACAGAAUAUCAGAUAGCAGCUACAUUCCUCUCCCAUUCUUCUUAUUUGGAGAUUUUAACUUCCGACUGGACACGCUCAGUCUGGUUCAGAACCUGUCAAGAUCGGCAGACAUUCAGAUGGUGAAGGACAGCAGUAAUGAGGUUGAGAAGAUCAUCUGUGAAGACAAGGACAAUGACCACAAGGUACCCAAGGUGCUCCUCCAUAUUGAGACCAAGCAUUUUGCCUACCUGAACCAGGCAAUCUUUCGAGACGACAAUGGCAGAGCGCUUUUGAAGUACGAUAAGGAGGUGGCUGCCUUCCACGAUGUCAUCACAGAGGAAGAAAUCACUUUCCCUCCCAGUUACCCCUACAGCGAGGACUACACCAAGCCCAUACAGUACAUGAACACGCGCUGCCCAUCCUGGUGUGACCGGAUCCUCAUGUCCCACUCGGCCCGCCUCAUCAUUCACAGGGAAGAAGGGGAGAGCAGCGUAGUUUACAAUACACUCGGCCCCACUGUCUGCAUGGGGGAUCAUAAGCCCGUUUUCUUGUUCUUUGCACUGAAGACAAAUGGACACUGAACUGAAGCUGCAAGGCUUUCCAGAAGGCAAUGAGGAUCCAUCAGUCAGACCAGGAGUUUGGGGAUCUCUGUCACAUUCACAAAUGUCAUCCUGAAAGUUGGCUGACCAGCACUGACCCCCUACAACACACACAACCUUUGUGUUGUUCCCAGCUGUGCGUGACGGUUAACAAUAAUGGACACUGCCAACCUGACCUCCCCCAGCUUUGGCGCCCCUCCGGUGGUGCAACGAGCGUGUGUGACCAGAAGAGUAUGCACUGUAUAGCAGUAGCAUUAAGCCCAGCGCAUCUGUUUGAGUCGCACCUCAGUUCAUGAGAGAAGGUGAAUGUCAUUAUACUCAGCACUGUGAUACCCCAUGGAUUCAGUCCUGGAUGCAUAGGACAUCUACAAGAACAGACAAAAUGCCCAGUCACUGUUUGGUCAUGUGUCCAUGUGUUGACACCUAGCCUGAGACACAGUCCUGGAUGCCUUGUCAGGCUUUGUCCAAAACUACACGUGGAACUUAAAAUAUUACUGUUUCUCCGAUUCGUUCAGCUGAAUUCUCACUGCCACAGUAUGCGUCAAGUACCUUUCUCAGUACAGGGUGGAUAAUUGACUGUCGUACUGUAGGUCCAGAUGGGACUUUUUUUUUGUUCUGGCUCGCAUCGGGCUUGGGUCAGUCUCGAUGUGAACAACAAAAGAGUUAUAGUUUGCUUAGUAACCAGGCUGACUUCCCUGUACUAGCCACAUGCUUUGUGUUACUUUACUGAUAACCAGCUUUACUGGCUUCAGCUUUUUGUGGAUGUUGCAACUGUCAUCAAGCUUUUUUCGCUCAAACCUGAGACUGAAAAAUCUUUUUGUGGUCAGGUCAGAUUUGGCUAAAUCAUGUUGGUCUCAGGUCAGAUGUACAUGCAAAUUUCCUGUCCCAAACAGCACUCGGUUUCUCAGGGGAACAACUUCAGGACUGCUUCUUGGACUUGAGCCUGCUGCCUUUUGGUUGCUGGUUAUUAACCCCAAUGCUACAUGCUGCCUGUCAAAACAGAAAAAAUGCCAACAGUCUUCCCCUCCACAGCAGCAGAUGCUCCAGAGUUCCCAGCUGUAUCUGCACAGUCUCGCAAUCUUGAUGUAAGGGUGCACUUCGUAGCAAAAAGCCUGUUACAGUACAAGUUUUUCCCCUUUCUGAUUUUACUCUGUAUAUUUUUGCAUUGUUUAAACUAAAAUGCAAGCAUGACAAUGACAAAUGAAACACAGCAGGAGCCUCUUGAAUGGAUGAACACCAUGGGAGCGCUUUGCCCGCCUCACUAGUGCCAGGCUUCCUCCGAAGUGAAGUGUAAUUGGUGCAUUCAGAGUAACUGGGACUUCACCUCUGCAAUGUGUCAUGUUCUCAGCUGAUCUUAAGUGUUUCCUUCACUGCACAGGCUCCAUAUGAUUUAGUUUCCCUGAAAUUUUACUUCACACAGGCCACACAUGUAUGCAUCGUUUCAACAGCAUAUACCAUAUUGUAUAAUAGUAGAGAUGCUGUCAGUAGUAUACUAAACUCCAAAAGCACAUUGCAUCUCCCCUCCACACUUUAAUGGAACAAAUUAAAUUGUUUCAUGGCUGGAGACAGUUUUUGAACCCAUUAGGGUGGCCUUGACCAUGGAAAUCCACUGUAGUCUGUGGACAUUUAGAGUGAUUAAUAUGAGCUGUAUUGGUGAACCCCAGUACCUCGUACCUAGUGCUGAUAGGUGGAUUGAUUCCGAAUCUAUGGUGGGAUUCCAUAGCUUAACUCAGAAAUCGCUAGUGACCAAAGUGUAUCUUUAAAUUGGGCCACGUGGGUACAGCUCUAGAGAAAUGGGCUGGUGUGGAUUUAAAAAACUCCUAAGCUAUACAUUGCUAAUUCCCAGAGCUGUGACAGGUAGCCAGCUGCGGCUGAUCUGCUGUGCUGCGCACUUCUUCUGCCUUGUAACAGAAAGCUUUGUCUGACAGUACAGCUCAUUCACCAGUCCUCCGCUCGACUGCACUGACGGAUCACCUAGUGAGAGGAGGAUCCAUACCAGUUUGGAUGUCUGCAUCCUGUUCUUUUUUGCAUGUGAAACCCAUUUUGCUAUUGACAGUAAGAUCUUAACUCGUCAGAUAAUCAUAGAGAUCUUUCACCAAAAAUGGGCUUGAACACUGGGUUGCAAAAAAAGAUUUUAUGUCAGUCUUUUUGCGAAAUCUGAAGCUAUUGUGUUUUGGCUUUGUCCAAAUGAAAGCAAUUGUUCCCCACUGAUAUGGAGACAAAUUUGUCCCAUUUGGUUACUGUCACAGCAAUCUAUGAUGGUUUUUGGUUAAUGGCUUGGUGCCAUCAGCAGAAGCUUAGUCACUCGUUGUUCCCAAUGUGCAUGUUGUUUCAGGCAUUGUCGUCUCAGGUGUGAUUGUUGAAUUGCUUCCCUGCCAAGCCAGAAAUGUAUGUUUAUCAUUUUAUGCAGCUUAUUGAAUGGUAUUAGAAUGAUCAGUUAUCUGAGGUUCCUUAGAUAAAAAAAAAAGGUGUUCAUACAUAAGUGUACAGACACACAAUGGCUUAUUUUAAGGCGCAGGUAUAAUUGGCAUUGCUAUUAUAUUGACAUUAUUUCUCAUAUUUGCAUUUCAUAUUUAAUUAUAUUAUGCUCCGGAAUUUUAACAGUGGUUUUUAUUUGCUCUCACACACACUAAUUGUGUGAAUCCAUAGAGGCUGUUACUAAUUUCGAGAUUAAAGUGAAUUUAAGCUUAGUCAAAUGUGUACAUACUUUGAAAAUGAUAUAAUUUUUAUUGCUUUUCUAGGUUGUUUAAUGCUUUACAAAUGAUGAACUCUGGCACAUUCAUUCUCAAGCCUCAUAACUUUCUCCCAGCCUUUGUAACAAACCAGUGGAGAUCCUUUGUACUUCAUAUUUGAAUCACCGGCUAUGAUUUAUCUGCCAGAGAAGUCUUAGAAUGAUUGAAAGCUGAAUGGAAAAGAAGUCAUUGUUUAGUGCAGCUACAGGUAUAUAUCAAUUACACGACAUGUUCUCAUGACUCUGAAAUGUGUUGACGCUCAAUAACCUGUGUCCUCAAAUUGUCAUUAAUGUGUUUAUGUGUGCUAAGAUGUGCGAAUGAGCAGUACGAGUCCCUUGUGCGGUUGUGCCUUGAGAGUGCCUGUGCUCUACAGUUCACAUGAGUGUGAUACCAGCAAAUAGGAAAACACUGAUGUAGCUGGAGUUCUCUGAAACACUACAUAAAAGAAAAAAAAUUUAGACCAUUUCACCACCAAUGUAAAAUGCUGUGUAUGAAAUAUUGGUAAGUUUUGCUUUAACAGUCCCUGAGUCUCCGCAUUUAUACUUUUUUAAGUCUUUGAGUGUUCUCUGUUCUCGUAUUAUCUGUCUGAAUCGCUAAAGUGCUGGGAAAAUGAUCUUGUUCAAUAAUGGAAUGCUGGUUUGAGAACUGCUAAGCUCUUCCCAGAUACAGGAAAAAAGGUCGUUUAACCUUUCUCCUCUGGUUCAUAUGUGUCAUUGCUUAUGUGUAUGAUGGACAUUAUUGUUGAUUGGAUUCCAUGGUUACCAAUGAUCCCUUUGUUUUUUUUCCUUGGAUUUAGCAGUCAUUUGACCCACUGAAAUUUUUAAUUUCAGGUUUGAAAGCUGUAGUUUGGAGCAAACACAGCUCAGGGUUUCCAACCUACUGGUAAUGUUGUACAAUGCAGUAUAAGAUGACCCAUCAAAAGCAGUGGAGACUGAAACAGACGAGAUAUGAAACGUGCCUCCUCAAGGUGAAAUGGGAUGGGUGUUCUGCUCCAUUGACCAGAUCAAUAUCUAGUAGGACAGAAAAAGCAUGCCGGAAUUAUGUUUCUCCGAAAGGGAUCGUGGCUAUUGUUGGAUCAAAGGCCAGGAGCAAUAGUUCUCUGAUAGUACUCAGCCACAAAUUCAUCUGCAAACCACACACCACCCGUUUGUUAGCCUGGUACAAAGGGAACCACAGCAUAUUCCUCGGUCUCGCUCUGAAAUGAUUCGGUCUACAAAAUAACACUGUCAUGAAGAAGGGUCAGAACUGGUUCCAGUUUUGUGUUCAAGUGUUUUCCACAAUGAUACAUACAUCUGUGUUAAAGCUGUAUUAUGAUAGCAAGAACCAAGUUUUGUUUUUAACUAAAUUUAGUUCCUCGUAUCUUUGAUCUUCGUUGUGAACCAAAUUUUUAGUGUAGCAUUACAUUAAAAAUAUGUAUGACUACCUUCCUAAACGCAACAUAUCCAGUGUUUUUGGUCUCCGAAUGUUACUGAUGACUAAAUAGUCCAGCAUUAAACAGAUGAUAUCCUCUUGACCAGGUUUCUGCAAAAGUACUGGAUGAUACCUCGAUUAUAUAGCAUGAAAACAUUUCUGUUGUGCCAGCUCAGAUGUUGUAUGUUCAGUGUAAUGUAAUCUCUGCUUUGGGAUUUUACUUCUCCUCAGUUGUAUGUUGACCUUUGGACAUGGUAAUGGUGAUGAAGUUAUAAUUAUA